AACUAACACUCCAGCCAGCUAAGGUGGCCUGCAGCACAGAGCGCCUAGGAGAGACAAAUUUUAGAGUUAGGAAACUGUUGCUGCCACAGUCUGAUUUUCAAGGAGUUCAUCACCCCCAAAUGAAGCCCUGUACUUUGCCAGCACUCAGGGCUCACACCUACCCCCAACUGGUCCUAGACAACUAUUGGUCUACAUUUGACUCCAGAGAUUUGCUGGCUCUGUGCCUCUGUCAUGCACAUGGAAGCAGAUUCUGUCAUGGAACUGUCAAAAUUAUCAGACAUGACGAAGCUCCACCAGGCUGUAGCAGCAGGGGACUGCAAUUCAGUGAAGAAGAUUCUGAAGAAAGGUCUCUGUGACCCAAACUACAAGGACGUGGACUGGAAUGACCGGACGCCUCUCCACUGGGCUGCAAUCAGAGGGCAAAUAGAAGUGAUACAUCUCCUGAUACAAUAUGGAGCCAGACCCUGCUUGGUGACUGAUGUGGGCUGGACCGCAGCUCACUUUGCAGCUGAGUCAGGCCAUCUGAAUGUACUCAAAAUUCUCCACGCACUGCAUGCUGCCAUUGAUGCUGCUGACUUCUUUGGAGAUACACCCAAGAGGAUCGCACAGAUCUAUGGGCAGAAAGCCUGUGUGGACUUCCUGGAGAAGGCAGAACCGGAAUGCCGCGACCACCGCCAGAGAGGACUGUUGCUUGAUGAGCGGGACCCAGACUGGGACCUCAAGAAAAGGGAGCUAGAGCAGUCUCUUCCCGCCCCAGACCGAAACACCAACAAAAAGAGUAAUAAGAGAAUCCGAGGCUCCACCAGGCUCAGCCAUUCCAAGGCCUGGAGGGUAUGAGAAGGCGGAGCCCAGGACACAGACUUAUUGGACCUGGGACCCAGCUUCCUGCUCUUCACAGAAUUGGACUUCACCACCCUUACUUACCCAGGCCUCCACAGCAAACCACUCGGCUGGAAAGUCUUGCCGCCGUGUUUCUGCCAAAACCCAAGAGCGUGAAGCUAAACCCAGAAGCUCGACCCGGAGGGGACAGGGCAGUGGACAGGCAACAGCUGCUUGCACUUUGUUUGUAGUGACUUACAAUGCCAUCAUGCCCUGCCCCUCACCCACCAACACACACUUAGUUACAGAGUGUUCGCCAUCAAAGAAAGGGCUCUUCCAGUGAAAUGGAUCAGACGUGGGGGAGGGGAGCAAAAAAAUGAAAUAAAAAGCAAAACAAAAAUCAAGUUCGGGCUGGAGAAAUGCUCAGAGGUUAAGAGCACUGGCUGCUCUUACAGAGG